GAGAGCGUUGAGGCAUUCACAUCAGUGUGAAAAAAGUAGAUCUACAUACCAAACAAAGCAGGGCAGCAAGCAAGUAUAAAAUGCGUGUCUCCCCUCCCCCGCAUUCUCAGUAUUCUCAUUCAUCACUCUUUUUACUCGCUCUCCUCUUGAUUUACACCCACAUAAUCGCCCCCUCAGAUCUCCCUCGCCAAAUCAUAUAUUUCAUCCCCCAUUUCGUUUCUUCACUCUCCAUCCCUUUCUCACCAGACUACAGAUAAGGAGGAAAUAUGGUGAAGAUUUGUUGCAUCGGUGCUGGGUAUGUCGGAGGCCCCACCAUGGCGGUGAUAGCACUCAAGUGUCCUAAGAUUGAGGUGGCUGUUGUUGAUAUUUCUGAGCCUCGCAUAUCAGCUUGGAACAGUGAUCAACUGCCCAUCUAUGAGCCAGGUCUUGAUGAUGUCGUGAAGCAGUGCAGGGGCAAGAAUCUGUUCUUCAGCAAUGAUGUGGAGAAACAUGUGUGUGAGGCUGAUAUAGUGUUUGUCUCUGUCAACACCCCGACCAAAACUCGGGGUCUUGGAGCAGGCAAAGCAGCUGAUCUGACAUACUGGGAGAGUGCUGCUCGCAUGAUUGCUGAUGUGUCCAAAUCGGACAAGAUCGUGGUUGAGAAAUCAACAGUCCCUGUCAAAACAGCUGAAGCCAUUGAGAAAAUCUUGACCCAUAACAGCAAGGGGAUCAAUUACCAAAUUCUUUCAAACCCGGAAUUUCUUGCUGAGGGGACUGCAAUUGAUGAUCUUUUCAAACCUGACCGUGUUCUCAUUGGAGGCCGGGAAACCCCAGGAGGCCAGAAGGCAAUUGAGGCACUGAAGAAUGUUUAUGCCCAAUGGGUUCCAGAAGAACGCAUUCUUACCACCAAUUUAUGGUCUGCGGAGCUUUCAAAGCUUGCUGCCAAUGCUUUCUUGGCACAGAGAAUCUCUUCUGUUAAUGCCAUGUCUGCUCUUUGUGAGGCUACUGGUGCCAAUGUUUCUGAGGUAUCAUAUGCUGUUGGUAAGGAUACAAGAAUAGGCCCCAAGUUCCUGAAUGCUAGUGUUGGUUUUGGUGGUUCUUGCUUUCAGAAGGACAUUCUGAACUUGGUUUAUAUCUGUGAGUGCAAUGGCCUUCCAGAGGUAGCAGAAUACUGGAAGCAAGUCAUUAAGAUUAAUGAUUAUCAGAAGAGUCGUUUUGUGAACCGUGUUGUUGCCUCCAUGUUUAACACGGUGUCAGGCAAGAAAGUUUCCAUCUUGGGAUUUGCUUUCAAGAAAGAUACAGGUGAUACAAGAGAAACUCCAGCCAUUGAUGUUUGCAAGGGUUUGUUGUCUGAUAAGGCCCAAAUCAGCAUCUAUGACCCGCAAGUGACUGAAGAACAGAUGCAGAGGGACCUUUCAAUGAACAAAUUUGACUGGGACCAUCCUCGUCACCUACAGCCAAUGAGCCCAACUGCCGGGAAACAAGUGAGUGUGGUCUGGGAUGCCUAUGCAGCAACAAAAGAUGCCCAUGCUGUUUGUAUUCUCACUGAGUGGGAUGAGUUCAAGAAGCUCGACUACAAGAAGAUAUAUGAUAACAUGCAAAAACCCGCUUUUCUCUUUGAUGGUAGAAAUGUUGUUGACGUUGAGAAGUGUAGAGAGAUUGGUUUCAUUGUGUACUCCAUCGGUAAGCCACUUGAUGCCUGGCUCAAGGACAUGCCUGCUGUUGCAUAAAUAAACUACCUGCAAAUGAGUGCCCUGUCAUUGCUUCAUUUGCGGUACUUGUUCGGAACCAAAAUGGAUAAUCAUGAAGCAGUGAAGCUCUGAUUAUUUGCUGUGUUUUUUUGCUGGUGGAUUUACCAUAUUUAGUUCAGCUUAUAAUUACUCUCUUGAUCGGUAGAAGCAUAUUCUAUUUUGCAUUUGUAUCGAUACUAUUACUUUAUGUUAUUUUUGCUUGUUACGGAUC